AUGAAUUACAACCACCAUUCCCUCUACUACUACACCACAAAAGACAACCACUUUUUCUUGGACAACUACACCACAAACCACAACACCCAACAAUACAUCUACUACACAAAGUUCAACAUAUGUCCCCUCUACAACUGCAAGUGCAACCACUUUUUCUUCGACAACUACACCACAAACCACAACACCCAACAAUACAUCUACUACACAAAGUUUAACAAUCAUCCCCUCUACAACUGCAAGUGCAACCACUUUUUCUUCGACAACUACACCACAAACCACAACACUCAACAACACAUCUACUACACAAACUUCAACAAACGUCUCCUCUACAACUGCAACCAAUUUUUAUUCGACAACUACACCACAGACUGCAACACCCAACAAUACAUCUACUACACAAAGUUCAGCAAAUGUCUCCUCUACAACUGCAAGUGCAACCAAUUUUUCUUCGACAACUACACCACAAACCACAACACCCAACUAUACAUCUACUACACAAAGUUCAAUAAACGUCUCAUCUACAACUGCAAGUGCAACCAAUUUUUCUUCGACAACUACACCACAAACCACAACACCCAACGAUACAUCUACUACACAAAGUUCAACAAACGUCUCCUCUACAACUGCAAGUGCAACCACUUUUUCUUCAACAACUGCACCACACACUGCAACACACAACAAUACAUCUACUACACAAAGUUCAACAAAUGUCCCCUCUACAACUGCAAGUGCAACCACUUUUUCUUCGACAACUACACCACAAACCACAACACUCAACAACACAUCUACUACACAAACUUCAACAAACGUCUCCUCUACAACUGCAACCAAUUUUUCUUCGACAACUACACCGCAGAUUGCAACACCCAACAAUACAUCUACUACACAAAGUUCAACAAACGUCUCUUCUACAACUGCAAGUGCAACCAAUUUUUCUUCGACAACUACACCACAAACCACAACACCCAACAAUACAUCUACUACACAAAGUUCAACAAACGUCUCCUCUACAACUGCAAGUGCAACCAAUUUUUCUUCAACAACUGCACCACACACUGCAACACACAACAAUACAUCCACUACACAAAGUUCAACAAAUGUCUCCUCUACAACUGCAAGUGCAACCAAUUUUUCUUCAGCAACUGCACCACAGACCGCAACACCAAACAAUACAUCUAUUACACAAAGUUCAAUAAGUCCACAUUCAGUUGCUUCACCUCAAGACACAACUCUCGACAUCUCAAACAACUUUGUUGUAGGUCUGAAUAUGAGGAUUUCCUCUUCAUCUUCACUAUCUGAGGACUACAUCAGAAAUACUGUCAUACAACAGCUUAAGGAUGAACUGGUGAGACGUGGGCUGCCAUCAGACAUCUCUCUACGCCUGGUGAGCAGCAUGAAGCUGGAAGUCAGCAACACAACUGCUGGUGGUUCAUUGUGAAACUCUACUGACCCCUGCAGGGAAGUUUUGUUUUCAGUUGUCUGACAUUUACUGAACUAAUAUCAGUCAUUUUCUACAGUUUUUUAUUGUUGUUGUUGUUUUGUUUUGUUUUUUACAGUAAUUUUAGUUUUUGAAAAGAAAUGUGAAUAUUUUUUUAGCAUAAUGUUUGCAGUUUAGAUGUACAGCCUGUGUGUGAGCAGAAAUUAGCAACACACAUAACAUUAUUUUUACUCACUAUUUUUAAUAUAGAGCAUUCUUUUGAAUUAGAUAAUCAAAUUGAUUAGUCAACCACUUUAUUACUCUUCUGUUUGUGUAUAAAAUAAUAAUGAUUCAGAUGGCUUCCAUGUUUCAAAUAACACAACAUCAUUGUGCAUGCUCACACUUUUAAUUACAGUGAAACAAUUUAUUAUCAGUAUUUAAAAUUAUAUGGUGCAACUGAAUUGAGUAUUUAAAAUCUAAACAAUGCGAGAAAGUGCAAUCAACUGCUUUCUAUUUGUAGCAUACAGUCAGACACCAAACCUCACAGAGAGAUUUAGGGAUGUUAAAUCUGCUUGGAGGAAAUAAAUGUAUAACACAUUUUCUCCCCUUAAAGUCAGGGUCCUUUAUUCUGCUCCUUCUGGCUGUUUUUCCUCCAAUAGGUUGGCAACCUUCAAAGACACAAACUACUUAAGCCUGUGGUUGUAAUGGCUUUAUGUAUGAAUGUAAAAACAUGUUUCUGCUGAAGAAUUUUUUAAAAAGUUUUUAUUUUGCUAACCAACAACUGUCUUCAGUGUUUUUGCUGCUGUUGCUGUUGAUUUUGUGUACACCAUGGACCUAUUUGUGGCCACAAAUUGCAAGUACUGGAUAGCACACAUUGAAUUUUCUUUGACUUCCCAACUUUCAUCAUUGUAAGGCGAACGUACUGAGUUAAAAUGUUGUGUAAAAACAGCUGAAGUAGAACAGUCUUUUAAAGGACCAGUAUGUAGGAUUUAGUGGCAUCUAGAGGUGAGGUUGCAGAUUGCAACCAACUGAUAACACCUCCCCAGGCCAUGUACUGUACCAUCCUCCACCUCCCCAGACCUGUCAUCCUCAAACUGUCCACCAGAUGCCCUCAGACUUUCCCUCCUUUCCCCAUCGACACAGCUGUUCCCACUUCACUCAUCAGUCCUGCAGUUACCUCACCUACUCCACCCAUCCUCACCUGCAACUCAUUCCUUCAUCAGCCACUUACUUCAUAUACUGGCCCAGAUCCUUUUUUUUCCCUUGUCAGUUCAUUAUUGAUGUCAUGUUGCUUUUUGUCAGUGCUUUCGGGGUUUGUUUUCGGUUACCUGGACCUGUACAAUAUCUGCACCUACUUGCCUGUCUGGACUUCUCCAUAUCUCAUCCCUGCACCUCUGUGGAUUUAAUACUACUGCUAUUUAGACUGUUUGGACUUGCUACUCAUGCCUGUGAGCUUUUGUAUCUUCACUUUUGACAAUAAAUUUACUGAACUGUCCAUGCCUGACUGUAUAGUCUGCUUUUGGGUCCCUACCCUGC